GAUGACUAGGCCCGAGAGCUAGUUGAGUGAAGUCCAGAGGAAACGCGAGCCACCGGAGACGACAGCGGAGGAGACAAACCGCCACAUAUCGCGAUAGACUCCCCGAUUGUGUGUGGGUGGAGCCUGAGGACGACAUCACCACCCCUUACUUGCCGGGUCGUGACUUAAUCCAGGAGUGCAGCUCCGAAGCAGACUGAACCCCCGCCCACCAGUGUCAUCAGCCACAUGGAUUACCAAGGGAUUACUGCAAGGAGGGAGACGGACUAAUAAGGGGAGGGGGCAAAGGGCUGCAAGACAUUGCAUGCUCCCCUCACUCUGGAGAUUUGGAGGAGGGGAGGCUUUCACUGUUAGCGACCCCCGAAUUAUUAGGCGCUGAUUUGCUCGACCAUGUGGGGAGAUAUUUAAUAGCCUUUGUAUACUGUCCCCUCUAGAUUGCUUCCUGUAUAUAUUUCUCCCAUUGCCUACUAGUGCUGUGUGGGGAUAUGCUGUACCCCCUAGUUCCAUCCUCCCAUCUUCACGAUGCCUGCAGGAACUGUCAAGUCAUUCAAACCCAGCAAGUACAUCCCUGUGGCAGCAGCAACCGUCUUUCUAGUGGGAUCUACCACACUUUUCUUCACUUUCACAUGCCCAUGGCUCAACACGGAGGUGUCCCCUGCUCUUCCUGCUUAUAAUGCUAUCAUGUUCCUAUUUGUUUUGGCCAAUUUUAGCAUGGCCACUUUUAUGGAUCCCGGAAUAUUUCCAAGAGCGGAAGAGGAUGAGGAUAAGGAGGAUGAUUUCCGAGCCCCCUUGUAUAAGACAGUGGAAGUAAGAGGAGUACAGGUUCGCAUGAAGUGGUGCUCAACGUGCCGAUUUUACAGGCCACCACGCUGUUCCCACUGCAGUGUCUGCGACAACUGUGUUGAGGAGUUUGAUCACCAUUGCCCAUGGGUAAACAACUGCAUUGGACGUCGGAACUACCGUUACUUCUUCCUGUUCCUGGUGUCUUUGACAUUGCACAUAAUGAGCGUCUUUAUCUGUGGCCUUUUCUAUACAUUAGGACAUCCCGACCAGCUCAGAGACAUCCCUGCAGCUGUUACUAUUUCAGUCAUGUGUGUCGCUGGCCUAUUUUUCUUUCCCGUGGCUGGUCUCACAGGAUUCCAUAUUGUCCUGGUUUCCCGAGGUCGUACUACAAAUGAGCAGGUCACUGGAAAGUUCAGAGGAGGAGUUAAUCCUUUUAGUAAUGGAUGUUGUCAAAAUGUGAGCCACGUCCUAUGUAGCUCUUCACCACCAAGAUAUAUAAAGCGCAGUCAGAAUGAGUCAGUCCUGUCUAUAUCACCUCCAUUUUUACGGCCCGAAGUUUCCGAGAAUCAGAUUGGCCUUAAAAUACUGGAUAAUGGUAUACAGAGUCCCCUUCAACACUACCAGUCUCGAAGCAGUCUCGAGUUGACAGAAUCUCAGUCCGCAGAUGCAGAGCCUCCACCACCGCCAAAACCUGACCUAAGUCGCUAUACAGGACUGAGAGGCCAGUUAAGCCUGGGGGAAAGAGAAGACAAUUCCCUAUUGACCACAGAGAGCCCACCUACUCCUACUAUGUAUAGAUUUCGCCCAGGCUUCAGCAGUGGAAGUGGAGGACCAGCGCCCAUUACAAAGCUUCCCCGUGUAGACAGCCUGCAGGACUCUCCUAUGCCAAACUCAGAUCUGUCUCGUCCCCCAAGUUCUCGCUCGGAGCCAAGUCUAGAACCAGACUCAUGCCAUGCACCACCAGCUCGGUCCUCCAGUCUGCGCUCUGCAGCAGGGACUUCUGCUCCACUUCCCUCUCUUCCAUCAGAAGGAACAACGUCCACCUCAUACAAAAGUCUAAAUCAGACACAGAAUGGAAGUCUGUCCUACCAGAGCCUACUGAGCCCUUCUGAUGAGACAGAGCCUGAAACAGCUGGAUACUCCUCACCGUAUCUAUCAGCUCGAGAACGCCUUCGCCCAGCCUGUCCUCCUCCAAUUGCCCCCCGUUAUGGCAAACCACGAAUCACUCACCAUCGUGUGGUGGACACAGAUGCAGCAGCUUUACCACUAUUGACAUUAAAAGAUGAGUCUCCUGUGAAGUCAGUGCACUCUCGCAGCAACGGCCAAGCUACUGUCUCCCCUCCAGUGAGCCCCUCUCGCCCAGGGGGUGUAAAGACUGUGUCAGGCGUGGGGGGAACUACAUACGAGAUAUCCGUAUGAGAGACUGAGAACUUCCGGACACACAGACGGUCAAAGUGACUAAACUUAUCAGUGUGAGCAUCAACAAUGGCCAAUGCUGGACCCCUCUGUGUGUGCCCCCCUUGUUUCCGUGGAGUUGCUUGUGGGAUCUUGUUUCUUUAAACUUUUACAAAUUUUCCCCAUUCACUUUUCAGCGUUUUCAGGGGGCAGAAGAUGAGCGCUCUGAUACAGAUACGUUUUAAUUGAGCUCCACUUGUCUCUUAUUGAUGAAAUGGUUAUUCCUUACUCCAUAUUCAUUUAGACUCUACUGCUGCCACCAGAGUGCCGCCAUGUCUUCUCUGGAAUGUUGCUUACGGUUACACCUGGUGAUUGCUUUCAGAUCGGAAGUCCUUCUUUUUCUUAGGCGUGGAAGUUGGGGUGCAUUUCUUUUUUUAAUAUUUUAUAUUUUUUUAUUUUCCUGUAUCUGAGAAGGAUCGUGAUCUGCACAAGUUUAUAAAUACAGAUGAAUAUAUGAUAUUAUUUUACAGCUGGGGAGCAGGCAAUAAAUACCCCUCCGCCUCCAAACAAGGGAGAAAUGAGGGAGGGUGCCUUCAUUUUUAUGAUUUCAUUUAAAAUAAAUAAAAUGAAGACCAAAUUGUUGAGACAUGUA